AUGACGAUGAUGGGUAGUUAUGUAUUGCUGGUGAUGUUGGCGAUUCUAAGUGUGGCUGUGCAUGGCGGGGAAUAUGAGUACGACGAGUCACUGAGCUACUCCUAUUACCACCAAAGUUGCCCUCAGCUGGAGGGCAUCAUCCACAAUAAGCUCGCCCAGUGGCUCAAAAACGACUCAACUCUUGCUCCAUCUCUCAUCAACCUCCAUUUCCACGAUUGCAUUGUCAGGGGAUGCGAUGCUUCAAUUCUUCUGGACCACUCAGAAGCCGAGAAAUACGCGAAAACAAGCAAGCACUUGAGAGGAUUCCAAGUGAUUGACGACAUCAAAACAGAGGUCGAGAGAGUUUGCCCACGCACAGUCUCCUGCGCCGACAUCCUGACUGCUUCUGCCCGGGACGCCACAGUGGCAGCAGGAGGUCCCUUCUGGAUGGUUCCCUACGGUCGCCGGGACGGGAGAAUCUCCGUCGCCGGCGAGGCACAUACCUUUGUCCCGUUUUUGACUAUUGGAGGGCAAGGCGAGUUGAAGCCUUUUGGGACAGUAUAUAUCAAUCAUCAACAUCAUCUGUGGUUGAUGAAGUGA